AUGGCAGCAGUAGCAACGACCUCUCAGUGGCCAGCUCGGCCGGCUGGUCUGACACCACGGUUUCAAGUGGAUAGCUCCAGGCCCAUUAAAAGUCUUGGUUUCAGGGAUACAAAAGUGGAUUGCAAUCCUGGAGAGAGUGGCAGCAGCACUGUUGGUGGAGUAGGGACUAGGGGCAAUCCCAAAGGAAGAGUUGGGUCCGUAGGACAAGGUGAAAAUCAUGGUGGUUAUAAGGGUGUUGGAGGUGGUGGAUCCGGGGGAGGAGUAUACGGUGGUGUGCCCAGUACUGGUGGUGCAGAAGGUGGUGAAAAAGGAGGAAAAGGUGGCAAUUAUGGUGGUCAAGAAGGUGGCGAAAGUGGUAGUGGUACUGGUAGGUUAGGUGGGACAUCUGGUCAGGUACCUAGUUUUGGUGGUAAUGGGGAAAACAGGAACUGUACUGAUGGAGGUGGGGGUGGGGGAAAGAGGAGUGGGGAUGUUCCCGUUGGUGAUCAAGGCAGUGGAGGUGGAGGAAACAAUGACGGAUCCUCUGGAGUUGGUGGCAGUGAUGAUAGUGAUGAUAACGGAAAUGAGAGUAGUGGUGGAGGGGAAGAAGCUGGUGGGGUUGGGAUGGGAGGGAAUUCUGGAGGUGGCGGCGGCGGUGGUGGGGGAGGAGGAGGGUUGGGUGGGUUUGGUGGAGGAUUUGGAGCUGGAGGUGGCGGAGGAUAUGGUGGAAGUGGCGGUGGAGGUGGAGGUGGAGGUGGGGGAGGCGGUGGUUUUGGUGGUGGUUUUGGAUUUGGGGGUGGCUUUGGCAGUGGAGGUGGUCAUGGGCGCUGA